AUGUAUGAAGACGACAAACGCAAUACGAGGAGGAGGAAGAUUGACAAAAGAAAUUUUGAAUUUGCCUGCUGCACGAACUUUACAAGGACAAUUGUUCAUAUUAAACGAGGAAUUGACUUUGAAUGCAAUCAUCUAGGAAGAUAUAUUGCCGCUGUACACAACAAGAGUUGGAUCAUUUUUGUAAAAGCAGCUGUAAAGGGUGUUGGACAAGACGGUGCUCUCAUCUCCCCUUUUCAUUCAUUGGCUGUCCAAAACGGCGGCCGGGCCUCGGCCGGCCUCAAAAAAGCCUCGGCCGAAGAAAAAAGGCCUCGGCGCGCUCCAUUGAGAAAAAGCCUCGCGAGGCCUCGGCCGGCCGAGGCCGGCCUCGCAAAUGUGACUACGGUCAGCAAGUCGCAUAUUUUACGACAACAAAUCACACAUUUUUCGAGAGUUUUCUCGAUUUUUCCAUCGAUCUGUGGCGACAUGAACAUUUCGAACGCCAGUGAUGAGAAAGACGAGCUCGAUGUGAUGCAUACAAAGAUGGAUUGGAAUGAGUUGAAACUAAAUCCGAAUUUCCAGGUGAAUCGAAACAGAAAGCUCACCAACGCAUUGAAGGACGGGAGACUCAUCAAGACGCUAAUAAAUCAGCCAAUCCCGCCAAAUAUGCCUUUGAUUGGUCUCAAUUUAUUAGACGCCAUCUCCGACGCCCAUUCUGUUUAA